AUGGCAUAUAUGACUGCCAAAGAGCAUCUCUUUGCUGUGACGGCAGUGGUUACUUCAACUGCCCUUCCUCAGAACCGCAAUAUCCCAUCACCUUCCGGUUCGACUUUUAGCGCCGUGUACAUCCUAAAUAAACAGCCAAGAGAGAACCAGAAACUGAUUGAAGUCCCAGCACCACCGCCAUCUGAACCCGAGGUUUACUUCAUCAACUAUUCCGAAGGCGAGAACCCAAUUCUUCCGAACGGUAUAGAUCUUCAGACAGCCUUGAAUGCGGCAAUUCAGGGCAGCACUGCCAUAGUUGAUCUUGAUAAAGGCGCCAAGGAAAAUGAUGGAGAAAUUGUCGCUGCAUUUGAAAGCACCAAAAUUGGAGCCAGUAGCAGUUUCAUAGGUAAUAAAGGCAGCUCCAGCAGCAGUAAUUUAGAGGGUAAUGGAAACAUUGGAGAAAAUAAUGUUUUUACUGUAGGUAAAGGUGAUAUUAGAUCCAGGUUCGGUAUCGGUGCUACUGGUGGUGUAGAAGGUACUGGUACCACUGCAAGUGAUUCAGGUGUUGCCAGCAGCGUUGGUUCCUCAGGCAAUGGUGUUUCCGAAGUCAGCGGUUUUAUAGAUGGAGUUGACACUGAUGUUAUUGAAAGUAGUAUUGCCAUAGAAGAUGACUUUUCUUUAAGAAGUACAGCUUUUGGAAGUAGUGGAAAUGAGAACAAUAGGAGUACAAGCAGGAUUCCAAGACUUUAUGGGGCACCCUAA